GUGGUGGUGGUGGUGAACCAUCAUCACGUCAAAUACAACAUCGUGAACUUUAUCAACGUAUGAAUUUUCUAUAUCAGGCAGCAACACUUAUGACCGCUACAUCAACUUCCAAUAAUUCUUCAAUAGUUUCAAAUGAUAAUAAUAAAUUGGCAUCGGUUGGUAGAUUUUAUAUUAAUACAAUGAAAACUAUUGGUAAAAAACAAGUUAUAAGAAUGGAUCCAUCUGUAAAAAGAACAUUAUGUAAAAAGUGUGAAACCUUACUUUUGCCAAGUAUCACUUCACAUGUAAGAAUUAAAUCUUGUCCAGAACCAGGACUACAGAUAACAUGUAAAUAUUGUAAUGCCAAGAAAAAAUUCCCAACACAUAAAGACCUCAAAUUAGAUUCAGAAAAGCCUGAAAAUAUUAUUGAAACAGCAACUAAAAAGGACAAUGAAUAA